AUGAAGGUUGCUGCCUCGCCAGCCAGAGAGACAUGGCAGGAUACCAGGUAUGCAAACGAAGCAUCCCCAGAUACAUCUGGCUCUCUGGAUGUUGCUCAUUUGAUCAUCAUUUUGACCAAAAGCUUUGCAGUUAUCUUGUUCGUUUAUGGAGGAUACGCCUACAACGCAAUUUUCCUUUCAAGGAUACUUCUGGAAGCUGGAAAGGAGAGCCUCGUCCUCCCUUUUGCCGUGAUGUUUAACCUGUUCUACAUUCUGGGACUUCUCAGCUAUGUUGCCGCGGCCAUGGCAGAUCCUGGCUUUGUUCCGGAACGUUGGUUAAGCUUCGUCGGGCAAGUUGAGAAGCAGCUGCCCGUGGCCAAUCCCAGACCCGAGUGGCAGCCAAGCAAGGCCACGAGGUGCAAGAAAUGCAACAUCAUCCGGCCUGAGAGGGCACACCACUGCCACUUCUGCCGGCGAUGCAUUUUGCGAAUGGACCACCACUGCCCAUGGAUAAACAACUGUGUUGGCAUGUACAACCACAAAUAUUUCACUCUCUUAGGUAUCUACGCUGGACUGGCUAGUUUCAUUGCACUGAGCACCAUUUUGCCCGAUCUGCUUACUUGCCUUUCGUCUGUCCUGCGCAUGGACAGUGACGUCAUGUAUGGGCCUGCCUUUACCAAGCACGCUGGUUACCUUCAAUCUGGCAACAAUGUCCUGGAAGCUAUGAUGACUAUCCAUGAAGCUAAAGAGAAAUGUGCAGAGAUGAAGACCUGCAAAGGUUUCUGCUACAUAGGUGAGGACUCAGGAUUGCCUUUAAAGAUCUACUUCAAAGACAAGUGGCAAUUCUGGUCAGACGAUGAUAGCCACUGGACAUCAUACCGAUAUGCAGAGGCCACGGGCCCAGAUGAUGCCUAUGUUUUCCAGUUCCUCCUCUUGGGUUGCGUGGUCAUUGCGGCCAACGCCCUGCUUGUGCCCCUGAAUUGCUCCCAUUUACCGAAUCUUCUGGACAACGUGACAAUGAUUGAAUCCAACUACGACAACAUGCCUAACCCCUUCGAUCAGGGCAGCCGGGUGGCCAACAUGGCGCAGAUUUUUGGGAGUCCUG